CUUACCCUAAUAUUGUGAAUAGAGCGCAACCAGCCAUGCCACUCUACUGCAACUGCUACUGCGCGCUUGAAAACGGGAACGAAGCUCUCCUUGUCGAAACGCUUGCGCUUUGGACCAAGUUUUUGAGUUGCUUCUUCAUCUAGGAUUUGGCGGGUGAAGAACUCAGAAUGGGGAAGAAAGGGGGAAAAUCUCAUUCAAAGAAAGACAUCACGAAUGCUAAAACAAGUUCCCGAUCCAAGCAUGAUUCCUUUUCGAGUGACGACAUGGAUGACGAGAUUGAUGCCUUUCAUAAGCACAGGGACAUUGUUCCCCUUGACGUGAAUGAUGAUUUUGGAGAAUCAGAUGAAGAUGACGAGCUUCCUAUCUUUGAUUCUAAGGAUAUUGAUAAUGAUGAAGAUGAAGAUGAAGAAGAUGGUGACGACGAUGAAUAUGAUGAUGAUGAUGAUCCAAAUGACAAUGUGGCAAAAAUAAUUAGGCAAAGAAAUUUUUUACGUGCGAAGUUUGGCGGAGGUGAGGAUGAAACGCAAGAUGAUGAUGAUGGUGAUGAGGAAGAUGAUAAACAUAUUCUUGGUGGGAGAAGGUCCGCUCAUGGUGCUGACAUUCAUAAUAUAGAGCUACUAUCAAGUGAUGAUGAGGCCCCAAAAGAAGAGGAAGAAAUUGCAAUGCAGAUACAAAGGGAGAAGGCAAGAUCUUUAACAAUGGAAGACUAUGACCUUGAUAUAAGUGAAGACAAAGUUAAAGAUAAAUCUACUUUAAAGGAUGCAUCAGAUAAAGGAAACAGAGAAAUGAAGUCACCAGAUAGAGAUAUAACUUUCAAGGCUGAGGAUCUGAAUGCUUUGUCAAAAGAGGAGCAAAUGAACCUUGUGUAUAGGUGUGCUCCAGAAUUAAUUGAUUGGUUAUCUGAAUUAAACGAGGCACACAAACAGCUUGAAUGCAAAAUUAAUCCAUUCUUAAGCAAGGUUCAGAAGGGGGAAAUAGUUAUGGAAGGAGGAGUGCGCUAUUUUGAAUUAAAACAGCUUCUUUUGCUAUCCUAUUGCCAAGCUAUAACCUUCUACCUUCUUCUCAAGUCUGAAGGGCAUCCAGUCCAUGAUCAUCCUGUAGUAGCUCGCCUUGCAGAGAUCAGGGAGUUAUUGGAUCAGAUAAAACAACUUGACGCCAAACUUCCAGUUGGACUUGAGGAUAUUCUUAAAGAAAGUAAUGGGUUAGAAACAGUAGUAAAUUCAGAUAAUGAGAAUGCUCCAAUCACAAUUGAUUCUAUCACUAGAAACCAAGAGCUGCCACUGGUCUCUGCGGAAUCACUAGAAGAAGCAAUGCCUAUCAAGGUAGAUGAGAUAAAAAAAUUGGAUUCCUCAAAGGAUGGUGUACCAAAAGCAAGAAAAGUUAAACAUCAGAAGGAUCACAUUGGUAUGCGGAGUUUGGAAAUGUUGACAGUUAGAGCUUCCCUUGCUGAAAAAUGGAAAAAAAAGGUUCCGUCCACUGACACUACUCCAGUUCCUAGCACUGGUCUAAAGCGUUCGAGACCGGACAACAGUCAGCAUGGAACAUCUGUUUUCGACGAUGAUGCUGUGGGGCCAGCUAGAUUGUCUCAGGGUCUUCGUAAAUCUAAUCUGAAGAAACCCAAGGUGAUUUCCGGUGAUGAUGAUUUACCUGAGAAAGAUGAUAUUGGCGAAAGACGAAGGAAACAUGAGCUUAGGGUGUUGGCUAGUGCUGGAAUUAAUGGUGGGAAUGGUGAUGAUGAUGAUGAUGGUGACCAUGGGUCUCCUGAAGAUGGUGCCAAACAGGCUCACGUUGAAGCUGAAGAUUCAGAUAAUGAAUUUUACGAGCAAGUGAAACAACUGCGAGCUGCUAAAUUGGCUGCUAAAGCUGAGACUUACUCAAGGAAAUCAGCAGCGUCCUCUUUGUCGGAGACUUUUUCAGAGACUAUAGAAGGAAAACGCCAUAUCACUUCUCAGAUGGAGAAGAACAGGGGACUAACGCGAAUUCGCAAUAAGGAUAAAAAGAAUCCUAGAAAGAAUUACAAGAUGAAGCAUCAAAAAGCUGUUAAGAAUCGCAAAGGGCAGGUUCAGGCCAUCAGAAAGCCUACCGCACCUUAUGGUGGUGAAGCCACUGGAAUUAACGCUUCUAUCAGUCGGAGCGUCAGAUUCAAGAGUUGAUAUUUGUAUUGAUAUACAAUGUCAUUCACUCAUUCUUAACUUCACCAAUUUUGAAUCAUCUAUGCAGAUAGAUGGUUGUAUCUCGUUUGCCCCUUAUACCUAUUGGAAGAUGAACAUAGUUUGCCAUACUAGAUUUUUCAAAUUUGUCAGUUUUGAUCCGGUUAUUUAGAAGUUAUAAAUAUUUUUUUUUGAGAACUAUUUAAGAGUUAUAUUUGAAAUGUAAAGCACUAUUUAGUGUUU